UUACUUCUUGUAGAAAAGCAAUAGCUGCUUUACUUUUGUAUCAUUCUUGAACUGCUGACCUAACACUCAGCUCCUUGAAAGCUAUAAAAGCGCAUAAACGACACUGUAGCAUUUGGGUGAGGAGGGACUGUUAAUUUUAUGCAAAGGUACGUACAAAAUUCCAAAACCCCAAAAUACACAGACUUGGGAGUUUAUAUUUAGACUAUUACAAAUAGCAACUGAUUUGGUGGAAUUGUCAAUAUAAAUGAAUAUAACAUGUAACAUAGACACAUUCAUGUAUGUGUAUUAAUUUGAGAAAAUUCGGAUGCACGCUUUUUAUUUUUGUUAAUGCAUUGCCGAGGUAUAUCGGGGAGGGGGGGGGGGCAAGUGUGCGAUCAUUGUGAUCAUGCGCAUUUGUUGCUUCACGCGGCUUUCCCCAAAAGAGGUUCCCCUGUGCUCCUGAGCCACUUCGCAUCAAGAGUCAAGGCUGUCCUGACCACACGUCUGCUUGCAACUCCGCUGCUAUUUCGUUUCUCAUCCCGAACAUGGAGAGCCUCAAGACUUUGCACGGUUUCUUCCACAAGUCUUCGUUCAGCAACAGUGCCCUACUAUUGUGGAAGGACCGGGAGACGUCCAGUCACCAGGACGGGAGCGCACUGGCUGAUUCCAAACAAAUGAGAAAUGUCAAAGACGAGAUAAGCGCCCUGAAAGCAGACAAACCACCUUUUAGUUACAACGCUCUCAUCACGAUGGCCAUCCGCCAAAGUCCGGAACGACGUCUCACGCUGAGCGGCAUCUACGAGUUUAUCAUGCACAACUUUCCUUUCUACAGACACAACACACGUGGAUGGCAAAACUCAAUACGACACAACUUAAGUCUCAACAAGUGUUUCGUCAAAGUGCCGCGACAUUACGACGAUCCAGGUAAAGGCAGCUAUUGGAUGCUGGACUCCUGCAGCGAGGAAGUCUUCAUUGGGAGCACCUCGGGGAAUCUCCGGCGCAGGACCACAUUUAGGACCAGAACUGGUACCUCCUUUGCAUCCAAGGGAGCUGCGGUUCGCGUGAUGUCCACCAGCUCCGUUUACUGGCCGGUACCAUACUUUAUGCCCGUCCCGAUACCAGUGCGCACGCACCGCUUGGAAGCAGAGCAUCACGCGAGUACGCACCCUCGCGUGUCCACGUCGCUUGAACACACAUCACGACCCAUUUGUGGAAGUGCGGGAGGCUCCGGUACGAGCAGCUUUGUGCAAGCGCACCAGGAGAUGUCUUAUAUUGGACUCAUCAGUGCGCAAAACACUUGGCGAGGAGAAUUUGGCAUCGACCCCUUCUCGACAGCCAUCCCGACGUGCACCUGUACUCUGCCGGACCAAUUUUCUCUCAGCAUGAUCUCAGGGCCAACCAACUUCUUCUAAAAUGUGGGCAUUAAUAUACUGUUUUGGGGAAAUUCUCUUUACAUUUUAGAACACCAUUGAAUAGGAUGUUAUAUGCAAGUUUAGAAUGUUAUAAAUUAUAUUGAUGAAUUUAAUUGGGUAGUGUAUUACAGCACAUGCCCAUGAUUUUUCUUUUGCCUAUAUUCCGUGUAUUUUUAUGUGAACCUGUAAACUAAGGUUGAAGUACCGAUGUUUUUUCAUUAUUAUGGUUUGCAUAUUAAUCAAUGUUUACUACAUAGUCUAGUAAUAGUUAUAGUCCAGUAAUACGCUAACGCUAGCUGGUGUCACUAAAUAUAUUUAUUUGCUUGAAACAAAUUCUUUAAGUGUCAGAAUGAAACCUGCAUGAGACGCUUCUUAUGUAAUAGUGAGCAAUCAUAUCAGU